UAAUCGUAAAUGUUUUGGUUAUUGGUGUCAGCUGGCUUCUAUUCACAUGAUUACUAGUCACUGUUUUGAAAUAUAACAUAAAUAGACACAAUACACAUUUGAUAUCACAUUUAAAUCAUAGGUUACGUUUGUGCUCUCAUAGUUUGCUUAAAAUUUGGCGGAACAUUACUGCUAGCUUAGCAAUUGGCUUUCGGUGAGCAGCUAAACACAACUGGAUUACAAUAAUAUUGUGCUAAUGAAGAUAGUCGUUAGAGGUUGUAAACAUGGACAAGAUCAUUAAAGAUGUUGGCGAUAUCCAAUCUCGAUUGUUUGACCACAGACCCAUCGUCAACGCAGAGAUCCGCUACUUCGUCAGAGAGUUUGAGGAGAAAAGAGGACACCGGGAGAGCAGACUGCUGGAGAACCUCCAUAAAAUGGUGCAAGAAGCAAAUGAGCAAACGCUUCCUGCAGAUUUGGAGGGCAUAAAGCAGCAGCUGUAUAACGUUAUUGGUCGAUUAGAAGCAGCUAAUCACCUGGCAGAAAGAGUCCAGCAGAGGGAGCUAGAAGCACAGAAGAGCGGCCAGCUGCAGGAAAACAUGGAGCGUAUGAAAGAUGACUGGGCAGACUUCCUGAAAGAGCAGCAGAGGCUGAAGGAAGAGGUGGAUGAAGAACAUGCCAAGGCUGUGGGACAAAUCAGCACUCAGUACAGUGAGAAAAAGAAGGAUUUGGAUAAGUUAUUAUUGGAUGUUUAGCAAUGCCUAGUCAUAAACACAACCCUUAUUAGCCAGCUUUGCAUAAUAUAAGUAUAAUUUAAAAUAAAGUUUAAAAAAUAAGUAUAAGUCCAAUGGUUUGUUGCACUAAAUCCUGAUUGAAUUAUAUGGAACUUUUA